AUGGGAUACUUUUUGAUUGGCCUUCUUGUGGUUAUUUUGUCGAUUGGAAAUAUUAUUGAAGAAGCAAAUGGUGAAAUAUCACCAAGAGCUUUGAGCCAAAUCGAGAGGAUGAAUAAGAGAGGUCCUUAUUUAGGGGUUGUAGCUCCAAACAACUUUGAGCUUAAUCCUCUUCUCGCUUCUCAAGCCUAUGUCCCAUAUCCUUCUUUGCCCUUCAUCGAUUUUGCCGGUAGAAGAUUUAGAUUUGGAAAAAUAUCAAACCAACGGGUGGUAAUAGUGAUGACGGGAUUAGGAAUGGUGAAUGCAGGAGUAACAACGCAACUAUUAGUGAGCCUGUUUAGGCUGAAAGGAGUGUUGCACUAUGGAAUCGCUGGAAACGCAGAUGUUAACCUUGAGGUUGGUGACGUCACUAUUCCUCGAUUUUGGGCACACUCUGGUCUUUGGAAUUGGCAGAGGUAUGGAGAUGGAAUUGAUAACGAGCUGUCUUUGGAAGCCGGCGGAGACUAUACUCGGGAAAUUGGUUACCUCCAUUUUUCCAAGUUCAAUAACCGAUCCGAUAACUUGCUCAAUCGAAUUUGGUACCAACCGGAAGAGAUCUUUCCGGUCACCGGAACUCCCGAAGUCCGGGAACACGUCUUCUGGAUUCCCGUCGACAAGUCCUACUUGGAUCUUGCACGCCAACUCGAGGACACGAAACUACCGCAGUGCGUGAACACCACGUGCCUCCCUCGACCACCGAAGGUGACCAUCGUUGACCGUGGUGUGAGUGCAAGCGUCUUCGUCGACAACGCUGCUUACCGGACUUUCCUCCGCACCAAAUUCAACGCCACUGCCAUCGAAAUGGAAGGCGCCGCCGUAGCUCUUGUCUGCCACCAGCAAAGACUUCCAUUCGUGGUUAUCCGUGCUCUCUCCGACCUCGCUGGCGGUGGCUCCGAUAUCUCUAACGAGGCCAACUUGUUCGGCAGCCUCGCCGCACAAAACUCUGUUGAUGUUCUCGUUAAGUUCGUCGGUUUGUUAUCUCCACGGAAGACUUAA